AUGGUAUUGAAGUUAGCCUUCAUGGGACUAUGGAAUAACAAGAAGAUCGUCUUAUUAUUAGCACUUCUAGUAGGAGGUUAUUAUACAGCGUACAAGACACCAGGGCCCCAUCAGCUUCUGUUCCAGAGAGUUGAGAAUCAGUUCUGGUGGUGUGCCUGGUGGGUAUGGCUAGGAAUCCUCUCCUCGGUGGGCUUGGGUACAGGCCUCCACACCUUCCUGCUUUACCUGGGGCCCCACAUAGCCUCAGUUACCAUGGCGGCGUAUACUUGCAACUCGGUCGAUUUCCCUUCACCGCCUUAUCCGGACGACAUAAUGUGUCCAGAUGAGGAGACUGCAGCAGGGAAGGAGAUGUCCAUACUCACUAUCAUGUCCAAAGUCAGACUGGAGGCCUUCAUGUGGGGGGCCGGAACUGCGCUAGAAAUUAGGUAUUUUUUGAGUGAUGCUGGUAUAUUGCUGCUAGAUAUUAACAAAGCAGAAAAGUUUAAGUAA